CACAAGCUCUUAUCUCAAUGUGUUGAAGAUUACCACAUUCAAAAUCAUCCAAUCAAGAUGUCGCGCCAACUUAUCUCGAGCGAGAAGUUCCCUCCCAAGCCUCAUAACUGCCCCGCAGUAAAGGUUCCCGGACUCGUUUUCUGCGCCGGUCAAACAGCCACUGGAGAGAUAAAGCAAGCCACACGAACUGUACUCCAAAACCUUAAGGAGGUACUCGAGCUAUCCGGGUCAUCGCUCGAGCAAGUAGUCAAGUACAACGUCUACCUGUCAGACAUGAAGGACUUUGCUGCCAUGAACGAGGUGUAUAUCGAUUUUCUGCCCAAGCCAAUGCCUUCUCGGUCGUGUCUGCAGGCAGUUCCUCCGGGCGAUGGAACGGUCAUUGAGAUUGAAUGUAUUGCGCAAGCUUGA